GAGAGAGAGUUCCUUGACCGCCGCAGAGCUGAAAGGGAGGCUUGGACCCUGAGCGUCUCCGCGACGACGACGAGGCGAGAGCGAGCACCAUGGCGCACAUCUUCGAUGUCGGUACUCGGGCGUGGCAGCCGGACGCGGCCGAGGGCUGGGUGGCCUCCGAGGUCACCGACAAGCAGGUGGAUGGGAACAAAGUCAAGCUGGUCUUCCAGCUCGAGAACGGCGAGACCAAAACCGUCGAGACGACCCUGGCCGCCAUCCGGGACGGCAAUGACGCGAAUCUCCCGCCCUUGAUGAACCCGGCCAUGCUCGAGGCCAGCGACGACCUUACGAACCUGUCCCAUUUGAACGAGCCGGCCGUGCUCCAGGCGAUCAAGCUGCGCUAUCUGCAGAAGGAGAUUUACACAUACUCGGGCAUUGUCCUGAUAGCCACGAACCCGUUCGCGCGGGUGGACUCGCUCUAUGUGCCUGGAAUGGUGCAGGUGUACGCCGGGAAGCAGCGAUCCUACGGCGCGCCGCAUCUGUUUGCCAUUGCUGAAGAAGCUUUUGCAGACAUGUUGCGGGACGAGAGGAACCAGACCAUCGUCGUCUCCGGAGAAUCCGGAGCGGGCAAAACCGUCAGCGCCAAAUACAUCAUGCGAUACUUUGCGACGCGAGAAUCCCCCGACAACCCCGGCAAGCGGAGAGGCAAGGCCGAUGCCAUGAGCGAGACCGAGGAGCAGAUCCUCGCAACCAACCCCAUCAUGGAAGCCUUCGGUAACGCCAAAACCACGCGAAACGACAACUCCUCCCGUUUCGGCAAAUACAUCGAGAUCAUGUUCAACAAGUCGACAGACAUCAUUGGCGCGAAGAUAAGGACAUACCUGCUAGAGCGGUCGAGGCUGGUGUUUCAGCCGCUUAAGGAGCGGAAUUACCACAUUUUCUACCAGUUGGUAGCGGGCGCCACAGAUCAGGAACGGCAAGAGCUCUCGUUGAAAUCUGUCGAAGACUUUGGCUACCUAAACCAGGGUAGCUCGCCUGUAAUCGACGGUGUGGACGACAAGGCAGAGUUCGAUGCUACCAGGAAAUCCUUGAGGACCAUCGGAGUUCCCCCGGACACUCAGUCACAGAUCUUCCGCCUCCUCGCCGCACUUUUGCACAUUGGAGAUAUCAAGAUUACAGCGACGCGAACAGACUCCGCCCUUGCCCCUGAUGAGCCUUCUCUUGUCAAAGCUUGCGAGCUGCUAGGAAUAAACGCUGCCAAUUUUGCAAAGUGGACAGUAAAGAAGCAGCUGAUCACAAGAGGAGAGAAGAUUGUGUCUAACCUUACCCAGCAGCAGGCCACGGUCGUGAGAGACUCGGUCGCCAAGUUCAUCUACUCGAGCCUGUUCGACUGGCUGGUCGAGCGCAUCAACGUCAGUCUGGCUACCGAAGAGGUCCUUUCUCACGCCCAUUCCUUUAUCGGUGUGCUCGAUAUCUACGGCUUCGAACACUUCGCAAAGAAUUCGUUUGAACAGUUCUGCAUCAACUAUGCCAACGAGAAGCUGCAGCAAGAAUUCAACCAGCACGUCUUCAAGCUCGAGCAAGAAGAGUAUCUUCGCGAACAGAUCGACUGGACAUUCAUCGACUUCGCAGACAACCAACCAUGUAUCGACCUCAUCGAAGGCAAGCUCGGUGUGCUGUCGUUGCUGGACGAAGAAUCGCGUCUUCCCAUGGGUUCCGACGAGCAGUUCGUCACCAAGUUGCACCACAACUUCUCCCAGGACAAGCACAAGUUUUACAAGAAGCCCCGAUUUGGCAAGUCCGCAUUCACUGUCUGUCAUUAUGCUAUAGACGUCACAUACGAAUCCGAUGGAUUCAUAGAAAAGAACCGAGAUACUGUGCCCGAUGAGCAUAUGGAAGUCCUCAAAGCUUCGUCCAACAAGUUCCUCACAGAGGUUUUGGACGUAGCCGCGCACAUCCGCGACAAGGAAACCGCAGCCACCGCAUCAGCCAGGGGACCAGCCGCACAUGGACGAAGGAUAGCCGUGAACCGGAAACCGACGCUUGGUGGUAUCUUCAAGUCGUCUUUGAUCGAGCUCAUGAACACCAUCAACUCGACCGAUGUCCACUACAUUCGAUGUAUCAAGCCCAACGAAGGCAAGGAGGCAUGGAAGUUUGAAGGCCCUAUGGUCCUCAGCCAGCUUCGAGCUUGCGGUGUGCUCGAGACCGUGCGUAUCAGUUGUGCCGGCUAUCCCACGAGAUGGACAUACGAAGAGUUUGCGCUCAGGUACUACAUGUUGGUGCCGUCUUCGGCGUGGACACCAGAAAUUCGGAACAUGGCUAGGGCAAUCCUGAACAAAGCCUUGGGAGGAGCUAAGAAUGACGGAACAGACAAGUACCAGAUGGGUCUUACAAAGAUCUUCUUCAGGGCUGGUAUGCUUGCGUUCCUUGAGAAUCUCCGGUCAGCCAGACUCAACGACGCUGCCGUUAUGAUCCAGAAGAAUCUGCGAGCCAAGUACUACCGGCGCAUCUAUCUCGAGACACGCGAGGCCAUCAUCGCGGUUCAGUCCUUGGCAAGAGGUUAUAUCACCCGAGAACGUGCCGAGGAGGCAAGGCAGGUCAAGGCAGCGACUACCAUCCAGCGGGUAUGGCGCGGAUCCAAGGCCCGGAAACAGUAUCACCUUGUUAGGGACUCGGUCAUACUGUUCCAGGCCGCUGCGAAGGGAUACCUCUGCCGCAAGAACAUCCUGGAUACCCGACUCGGAAAUGCUGCCCGCAUCAUCCAACGCAACUGGCGGUCGCAGCGAUCGCUCAAGUCUUGGAGGCAGUACAGGAAGAAGAUCAUCAUCAUUCAAAACCUCUGGAGAGGCAAGCAGGCCCGUCGGGAAUACAAGGGACUCCGCGCCGAAGCUCGCGAUCUCAAGAACAUCUCCUACAAGUUGGAGAACAAGGUCGUCGAGCUUACACAGACUCUGGGUUCGAUGAAGGAGCAGAACAAGGCGCUGAAGUCACAGGUCGAGAAUUACGAAGGCCAGAUCAAGUCGUACAAGGAGCGGAGUCGUACGCUCGAAAACCGGCAAAAGGAGCUGCAGGCCGAAGCCAACCAGGCUGGUAUCACCGCUGCCCGGCUGAGCCAGAUGGAGCUCGAGUUCAAGAAACUUCAAACAAACUACGACGAGAGCACCGCCAAGAUGCGCCACUUGCAAGAAGAGGAGAAGCAACUCCGUGCUUCACUCAAGAAGACUACCGAAGAGCUCGACCAAGCCAAGAGGAGGAGCAACGUCACCGAAUCCGAGAAACUUUCACUCCGCCAACAACUUGCGGACCUGCAAGAACAGGUCGAAUUAAUGAAGCGCUCGGGGCCCAUCAACGGCGAAAUGGCCAACGGUCACGCCACAAUGGGAGCCAGCAGUUUGAUCAACCUUGUCUCCUCAAAGAAACCCAAGAGGCGAAGUGCAGGGCCCGAUACGCGCGACUUGGACCGCUUCAGCCAAACAUACAGCCCACGCCCUGUCUCCAUGGCUAUCGGCUCAACCGUACACCGGCAGAACUUAUCUGGAUCGACGUUCAAUCCUAACAUGGAUAAUGUCGAGCUUGAGCUGGAGAACAUCCUUGCCGAUGAGGAUAACCUGAACGACGAGGUUACGCUUGGCCUCAUCAAAAACCUCAAGAUUCCUUCGCCUACUACCACACCGCCGCCCACCGACAAGGAGGUACUCUUCCCCGCUUACCUCAUCAACCUUGUCACCUCGGAGAUGUGGAACAACGGUUUCGUCAAGGAGUCUGAGCGCUUCCUUGCCAAUGUCAUGCAGUCAAUCCAGCAAGAAGUCAUGCAGCAUGAUGGCGACGAGGCAAUCAACCCUGGUGCCUUCUGGCUCUCCAAUGUCCACGAGAUGCUCUCCUUCGUCUUCCUCGCUGAAGACUGGUAUGAACAGCAGAAGACCGACAACUACGAAUAUGAUAGGUUAUUGGAAAUCGUCAAGCACGACCUGGAAAGCCUUGAGUUCAACAUCUACCACACCUGGAUGAAGGUGCUCAAGAAGAAGCUGCACAAGAUGAUCAUCCCUGCUAUCAUCGAGUCGCAGUCUCUCCCAGGCUUCGUCACCAACGAGAGCAACCGCUUCCUCGGCAAGCUGCUGCAGACCAACAACUCGCCGGCAUACAGCAUGGACAACCUGCUCAGCCUGUUGAACAACGUGUACAAGGCUAUGAAGGCUUACUACUUGGAGGAUUCGAUCAUCACUCAGACCGUCACGGAGCUCUUGAGGCUCGUUGGUGUGACGGCAUUUAAUGAUCUGCUCAUGAGGCGAAACUUCCUCUCAUGGAAGCGUGGUCUGCAGAUCAACUACAACAUCACCCGGAUCGAGGAGUGGUGCAAGUCGCAUGACAUGCCGGAGGGUACACUCCAACUUGAACAUUUGAUGCAAGCCACAAAGCUGCUCCAGCUCAAGAAGGCUACGCUCAACGAUAUCGAGAUCAUUCAGGAUAUCUGCUGGAUGCUGUCGCCUAACCAGAUCCAGAAGCUGCUUAACCAAUACCUGGUCGCCGACUACGAGCAGCCCAUCAACGGCGAGAUCAUGAAGGCGGUUGCGUCGCGAGUCACGGAAAAGAGCGAUGUCCUGCUGUUGACGGCAGUCGACAUGGAAGAUUCAGGGCCCUACGAGAUUGCCGAGCCCAGGGUGAUCACGGCGCUGGAAACAUACACGCCGUCUUGGCUGCAAACUCCCCGGCUAAAGCGGCUUGCGGAGAUUGUGUCUUCGCAAGCGAUCGCGCAGCAGGAGAAGAUGGAGUUCGAGCAUACUAACGGCGACGGGGUGAAUGGGUUUAACGGCACGCCUCUGAUUGAGGAAGAGGCCAUGGCUUAGAUUUCUUUUCGCCUCAGGCACACCUGUAGUUGUAGGUUUGUUUCUGGGCUGACUUGUGUCUGAGGCUCCCUCUGGGUGCGGGGCGUCUAAUCAUGUUGGGUAUGUAAUG